AUGACAACCCCAAAUCUAAACCCAAUACCAGUAUUCCGACCUUCCAAAAAGCGCAAGAUUUAUAGACAGCGAAAUAAUGACGACGAGGAUGGAAAUGGAAUAGAACAAUCAAUGCCCGCAUCAACAACACCUGCACCAACACUUAUACCUACGGAACAGAGUUUGGAUGAAUUAAUCGCUUCGAGUUCCGUUCCUAUUAAAAGAGAGGAAGGAGAUGAAGAAGACGAAAAGGAACAACAAGAAGCUUUGAACAUAGCGGAAAUUCUGCGUCUGCGAAAACAACGGAAGAAAAUUGGAGGUGUAGAGUUUAGAGCUGAAUCUAAAAUGCGAGAGGGAAUGAAUGGUGAAGUGAAUGGAGAUGCGCUGGUCAAAUAUGAAGAAAAGGAUGCAGAAGAUGUACAGCCGGAUGGGGGACUUUCUUUGCGACGAUUUGCGCCGCAGAUGGGGGUUGUGGGGAGUGGUGUUGAUAAACAUAUGAUGGCAUAUAUAGAAUCGAAACUCGGACAUGAUUCUCAGAGUGCAAAUUCUCCAUUUACCAACCCACGAGCGGAAAGUUUAAAGGAUGAAUCAAUACAGCUAUCUAAAGAACUUCAACGAGCCCCUACUACCAUGGGUCGACUGCUCGAAAUCGACUUGGGAGAAGAAGCUAGAGUGAGGAAUGCGCAUCGAACGGAAAUGGCACGGAGAAAAGCAGCCGGUGAAACCAUCGAGCUUGAAGAAACUGCUCAACCUCCCUCCAAACCUCGUCUCGGUCGCGACGGCAAACCCUGGCGAGGUCGCAAAAGACGAGGAAGCGAUGAUAUCCAACGCGAUGCGCUCGUCGACGCCAUUUUACACGAAAACCGACUAGAAAUCUACGAGCCGGUCCCAACACCCUCUUCAACACAACAAGAAGGAUUAGCCAACGACGAAGAAGUCGCCGAGAAAUUCCGCAGAGAUUGGGAAGAAGCUAGUUCGCAUGCGACGUUGCAGAGACAAUUGACGGUGUCGCAGCGCGCGGCAAAGGAAAAGAAGAAACCGGGGCAGGAAAAGACGGAGGAGGAAGCGUAUAUGAAGGGCCCGAAGUUGGGGGGGAGUAGGAGUGCGAGGGCGGCGAUGAGGGAGUCGAUGUUGAAGGGGAAGGGGUUGAAGAGGUAG